UGAUACAAACUUGACAGGACAGGAUUAGGUUCGUAAGAUUAUUUUGUUGAACAAUUUUAUUCGUAUAUAUCUCGGUGGAUUCAAUAAAAAUUUACAACCAUUAUACUUUGAAGGCAACAAACUAAAGGUUGUAAAAAUGUUUAAACAACUACUCGCGAUUUUUUUUCUUGCACUAAUUUCAUUUUCUUACUCGCAAUACACGUUACCAGGCCAGUGUUCGGAUAGAAAAAAUAUAAAGCCGGUAGAAAAUUUCCAAUUUGAGAAGUACGGAGCUACUGGAAGAAAAUGGUACACCAUUUUCACAUACAUCUCCCCGGCCGACUGUCAGUUUGCAAAUUUCACCGUUACGUCAAACGUAACCCUAAAUUUCUUUUGGGAAAGGAAAAAUUUAACAACCGGUAAUUGGUUUAUUGGUAGGACCGAUGGUGUGGUUACGUGGACACCCGACAAUGGUACACGUAAUGGGAUUAUAAGUCUGAAAUACCCCGAUAUCGCCGAUCCAUUGAUAUAUCCAAUCCUUGGAAUUGAUUAUGAUGGGUACACGCUUGAUUACAGAUGCGUCAAUAUAAACAGCACAAACAGAAUGGAAUUAAUAUGGGCGAGGAGCAGGAACAGGACUUACACAGCACAACAAGCAGCUAAAGUAAAGCAGAUCCUUAGUGAUAACGGUCUCUCUGAUUUAGCACCGACAUACGCCGUACAGGACCCAGCACGUUGCUCACCAUAAAAUAACAGUAAAAUUUCUAGGAAAUUAAUGCAAAUAAAAGCUAUUAGCAAUG